AUGGACUCCAUCCCAAAGCUGACCUUCCCAGGAGGUUUGCUGAUGGGCUGCAGCCCCGGCUUCAUGAAUGUCCCGAAGAUCAAAGGCACCCACACGGCCAUGAAGAGCGGCAUGCUGGCUGCUGAGGCCAUUUUCCCUAAAAUCACAGCAGAGAACCCGGAGUCAGAGACGUUAGGCCUCCAUGUACCCGAGUACGCUGAGAACUUGAAGAAUUCGUGGGUGUGGAAAGAGCUGUACGCAGUCAGAAACAUCCGGCCGUCCUUCCACAAUUACUUUGGUCUGUACGGGGGCAUGGUCUACACCGGGAUCUUCUACUGGAUCUGCAGAGGAAAGGAGCCGUGGACGCUCAAACACGCUGGUGAGUAGCACGGUGUUUAUCAUAUUCCUAC